CACAAUCCCCAAACCAGAGGAUCCAACCCCGCCCCAGCCCACGCCCCAAAACCACCACGCCACCCCGAUCUCGAAGAAGAUCCAUAAAACAUAGUUUUCUCGUCAAUAAUAAAAAAACUACAAGAAAUAUGUUUUAAUUCGUUGUUUAAUUUUUUGGAGAAAGAAUAGAGUGACCAAACCCUAGUGUCAUGAUCAGAUGCUUUAAGGUUUACAGUAAUCGAAGGCAAGACCAGCAUGAUCAACUCCAGCAACGGCAUGAUUUCAACGUCAUCGACGUCGGCGAACACGCAAUCACCGGGAUUAAAGACAUAUUUUAAAACCCCAGAAGGACGUUAUAAGCUUCACAAUGAAAAGACGCAUCCUUCUGGUCUCCUUCACUAUGCCCAUGGAAAAACUGUUACUCAGGUAACCCUAGCUAUUAUCAAGGACAAGCCUGCCCCAUCAACACCGACAGCCCCACCUUCAGGUUUCAGUACAGGCAGUGGUGUACGAUCAGCUGCUGCUAGGUUGUUGGGUGCUAGCAAUGGAACCCGUGCGCUUAGCUUUGUUGGAGGGAAUGGGGGGAGUAAAAGUAUUAGUAGUAGUAGUAGUAGUAGGAUUGGAUCGCUGGGGACAUCAUGCUCAAGUAAUUCCAUGAUCAAUUCAAAUUUUGAUGGGAAAGGGACUUACUUGAUCUUCAAUGUAGGGGAUGCCAUCUUUAUAACUGAUUUAAAUUCUCAAGAUAAGGAGGACCCAAUAAAAUCGAUCCAUUUUAGUAAUUCAAAUCCUGUGUGCCAUGCCUUUGAUCAAGAUGCUAAGGAUGGACAUGAUUUGCUUAUUGGAUUGAGUUCUGGGGAUGUCUACUCAGUGUCACUGAGACAGCAAUUACAGGAUGGUGGAAAAAAGCUAGUUGGGGCCCAUCAUUAUAACAAAGAUGGUUCUGUUAAUAAUAGUCGUUGUAUGAGUAUUGCAUGGGUUCCUGGAGGAGAUGGUGCUUUUGUUGUUGCACAUGCUGAUGGUAAUUUGUAUGUCUAUGAAAAGAGCAAGGAUGUUGCUGGUGAUUCUUCAUUCCCUGUUAUCAAAGAUCCAACUCAAUUCUCUGUUUCACAUGCCCGCUACAGUAAGAGUAACCCAAUUGCCAGAUGGCAUAUUUGCCAAGGUUCAAUCAAUGGCAUUGCUUUCUCAACUGACGGGACCUAUUUAGCAACUGUUGGAAGAGAUGGUUACUUGCGAGUCUUUGACUAUUCAAAAGAACAACUUAUAUGUGGUGGGAAAAGUUAUUAUGGUGCUCUACUAUGUUGUGCUUGGAGCAUGGAUGCAAAAUAUAUUUUGACUGGAGGAGAAGAUGACCUAGUUCAAGUUUGGAGUAUGGAAGAUCGGAAGGUUGUUGCGUGGGGUGAAGGACACAAUUCAUGGGUAAGUGGAGUGGCUUUUGAUUCAUAUUGGUCAUCACCAAACUCAGAUGGCACAGGGGAGAAUGUUGUGUACCGGUUUGGUUCUGUUGGUCAGGACACACAGUUACUUUUAUGGGAUCUGGAAAUGGAUGAGAUUGUAGUGCCAUUACGUAGGUGCCCCCCUUCUGGUGGAUCUCCUACUUUCAGCACUGGAAGUCAGUCUUCCCACUGGGACAGUGUUAUCCCAGUUGGAACUCUGCAACCUGCUCCUAGCAUGCGUGAUGUUCCAAAGCUUUCUCCUGUAGUGGCUCACCGUGUUCACACGGAUCCUCUUUCUGGUUUAGUGUUUACGCAGGAAUGUGUUCUUACUGUUUGUAGAGAGGGCCAUGUAAAAAUCUGGAUGAGACCUGGAGCCUCAGAUAGCCAGUCAGGCAACUCGGAAACCAUCUCAAGUACCAGUUUGAAGGAGAAGCCAUUAUUGUCAAGCAAGAUUGGCAGUUCUACAUAUAAGCAAUGACCAAAUUGUCAUGAGAUUCCAAGGCAAAAUGGAUCUCUUCUUCAUUGAUUUAAUUUGAAAUUGCUGGUAUGGCUGCCCAUCCCAAUUCCACAGUUGUUUUUCUCAGAGUUAGAGCUGGAUGAAUGUUCUGAUUGCUGGAGGAUUCAUCAACUGGGUCCAUUUGUGCAUUGAGAGAUAAAAUGCCAUUUAUGGCACUAAGAGCUCAGGAGGGAGAGAACCCCCUAUGUAAGUACAAAACAGUUGUUGCUAGGAUAUAUCUUAUAUAAUAUUUAAUUUCUGACAGAAAUAAUUUGAAGUUACUCUUUGAGAUUUACAUUUCAGAGGUGCAUAGGAGUUCAUUUGAUUCUGCUGGUAAUGAAAUUUCACAAUAGCUAUAUAAUUUUUGCCGGAUAUCAUGAAGCUCUCUCACAUGUGAUAAGCUUUUCAUGUUAUGGUUAUGAGGUAUUUAUUUCUCUUGGAUGUAUCCUUGAUUUGGAAGAAAAAUUAUUCUUUUGUUUAGUACUAGAUAUGGGUUAUGACACUGAAGUUAUGCUGAGGAACACUGAACUAUGGGAGACUAGUGCUGUAUUUGUAUUCAUUUUGUUUUAUGCUGGCAAACAGGGGGAACUACACUAUACCGUGUUAGAAGAUUUUUCCU